UUCACACCACUGCAAUGAUAUUAAAAUUAGGACUGGCAUUAAUUUUUGUUAUAAUUAAAUUUCCCGCAGGUGAAUCGAUCGAUUGUUUUAAAUGUGUUUCGUUAAAUAACGACUACAAGCCGUGCGAAGACCCCUUUCAUAACAACUACACCUUAGACAUUUACCAAUCGCCGUGUAUGGGAGGUAAAAAGGGCAGGGACGGUUUAUUUCCAGCAACGUCGUGUGUAAAAAUUGCUGGAACUUUCGAUGACAACGGGGAUACAAUUGUGGUACGUGGUUGUGCGUUAGACAGCGGAACACUGACCACCGACACAGAGAUUGUGCGAAUGUCGCACUGUGGAGGUUUUUACUACGACGAUCGAUACGUCAGAGGUUGUGUGCAAAGUUGUAAUGACGCCGAUGCAUGCAAUUCCAUUUCUAGUGUACGUGUAACAAGCUCAAUAAUUGCAACGAUCUCAGUGUUUAAUUUAAUAAGACAAUUAAAUACCAUUAGUUUAAGAAAUGUGAUUCCUUCGUAAGUGUAAAAAUAAAUUAGAAC